GUCCUCGCUGAGAAAUAUUUAUACGUUCAAGAAACAAGCUGUAAGGAAAUAUGUUCUAAGGAAAUUCAUAUGGGUCUGAUUGAACUUCAAAAUGGAUUAGAGAAACCGCAAAAUAUCGGACUACAGUUGCAAAAGAAUCACCCAUAUACAUUAUUGAUUUAUAUUUACUUUUACUGCCAGUCCACGGAGAACCCUGAAUCAGCUACCGCUUCUUUACUUCCGGAUCUAGUGCAAUAUAUUUUACGUUUACCGAAAACGUUCAAGCCUCCAUUGUACAUAAUAAAGGCUCUAUGGCUAGUUUUUGCUAUGUCGACUAUAUCAAACGGUUCAUUAGAGUCGUUAGACCAAAGAGUCUACUUGGAGAAGGCAUCAGAUCGUCUAGUGUCCAUGUUACAGCCAGAUCCAGCUGCGUUUUAUACCCAUAACCCAGCUAUUUUGUUCUGGGCUUUCGCAUCGUUAAGGAGUCAAAAUAUUAGAUUUGUUGUGUUUUGCCAAUGGCUUAAAAUUGAAACAACAUUGCCUGAAGAGAUAGCAAAGGAACCGUUAGUAUGGGAAUUACUCUUAGAUGUAAUUUUACAAUCGAAGGAUGUCACUAUUGUAGCGAAUUGUAUGAAAGCCCUCUCCAAUUGUAUGGAGGAAGGUGAUAGUGAGUUAAAAGAGCAAUUUGGUGGAAUAAUAUGGGCUAUGUUACCGAAAGUAUUGUCUAAAACUUUAAUUGACUGUGAAAAUGAAAUUGACACAAACAUAUGUCACAUACUGGACGUCGCAAUAAGUCUACCUCCAGCCGAGUUAGACCAAAGUAUAUGUUACAAAACAGCUGUACUAAUCACAUCGUUAUAUUCUAAAACAAUAACUGAAAAUAUUGAAUAUGAAACCAAAUGUCAAUACAACUAUGUUUGCUUGAACUUAAGCCUGCUGCUUUUGAAGUUUUCCUGUGACAAGAGUGAAUCAAAAGUGAUCCUCACAUUCACAAAUAAGCCAGUGUUUUUGGCAAAUGUAAUAGCGUCAACUAGUAGUGCGGACGAAGAAGUCGCUUGCGCAGCUUUACGACUACUUUCAUACUUGGUCCAUUACUACCACAAGAAUAACUAUCAAGUGAGUUUUAGAGUAAAAUAAGCGCUGAGUUGUUCAAUAUAUUUUCUAGAUCAUUCCUUUUUCUAGGCGAUCAGGUGUCACAUGCCGUCUCUUUUUUUCAGUGGACGUGCCAAUUUAUUAAUAGCACACAGAGACUGAAACAUAUUUAAGGGUUCAAACGCGCGACUUCAUGGUUUUA